AUGGGGAGGCCCAUCACAGGCAUUCCUGCUUGCGCGCAGACAGUAAACUGCACAUGCGAUGCACAUCAUUGGCUCUGCAUGCAGACUCCACACGCCAGUGACACUGCCAAUCGACGGGACCCUCGCGUAGCUCGUCGCUUUGCACAGAAAGGUCUGAAGCAGAAAUCUGACAUCAACAAGCACUCUGCUGCACCACAAGCUGUGGAACACGCUAGCCUCGACACCACGUCAGUAGUCCACAACAAGGCUUGCAUAGCCUGUCAAGGAAGAUGGGAGCUAGCGCAGAACCUGAGCAUCUUCGCGAUCGUCAGCAUAGCUCGAUUCCACAAGAAGGCUUGCAUAGCCUGUCAGGGAAGAUGGGAUCUUUGCACGAGGUCAGCACACCAACCAACCAUUGCAGAGGUAGGUAACACCUGCACCUGGCAAAGUUCUCGUGUCCAGGUUGGAUUGGAUCCUCGUGGCAACGACACUGCACCAUGCCAUUGUGACGCGAGACCUUUGCAUCGUCAGACUGAUGUCCAUCGAAGUCUGACAAGGAUGAUGGUGCUGGCUGUAUGGAAGCAAACUCCAAGCACGGUGUUUCAGGGUGCUGAUGUUUGCAAUUGGCAUGGAGUCGUGAGUGUUACGGGCUGCACGGAAUGCAUCGAAAUGGAGAUGGCAAGUAUUGCUUCAAGCCUUUCACAACAUCGCGAAUAA